AUGUUGACCUAUGCGUGCAUGCAUAGCCAGUAUAGGAAUGCCUUAUCCAUAUGUACAAUAUCUAUGGAUGAAACGCUGUAAAUAUUUUAUCGAUUUAUUUUGUUUAAUUCAUUCAUCUAGUACUGAGCUCAAGAACAUUAUCGACUAACCUGAAUAUACAAAUGUGCAUGACCCUGAUACGACCCAUAGUACUGUAUGCCGCGGAAACAUGACCACUUAGGAAAGCAGAAGAAACCAGAAUAAAAGUAUUUGAAAGGAGAAUCCUAUGGAAAAUCUACGGCCCAUGCUUCGACACAAACAUAGGUGAAUGGCGUAAACGUCAUAAUAAAGAACUCGAUGAGCUAUUCGAGAGACCGAACAUCGCGAACGAAAUCAAGAAAAGGAGAUUAACCUGGGCAGCACAUGCAUGGCGGAGAGUAGGAUCCAUAGUCAGAACAACAAUCGAAGAGAACCCGGUUGGUAAGAGACCCCUCGGAAGACCACGCUUACGUUGGGAAGACUGUGUUAAAAGAGACGCGGAAAGCAUUGAACCAGAGAUACCAUGGAGAGUAGCGGCAGAAAAUAGGGAUAGAUGGAGAGAAAUUUGUUUGGCGGUAUGGUCUCAAUGA